CUAUCGUCGAGGUAGAAACGAGGGGAAAGAAAGUAAGGGGGCUGCGCUGAAAAACAUGUACGGGCUCAUCCAUUGUGAACAAUACAGAAGAUAUGAUAGGGGGUUUGCAGAACUUUUGCACCCUGCAAGCUUGGCCUGGAGCCUGCGCUGCGGAGCCGCAAACCCGGUACAAGAAGUCUACGGCGUAGCAGCAAUGAUCGGCUGGCUAUGUCUGGCUAUUAGUCUAGGGUUUGCGAACGUUGGCAGAGAGAAUUUGUUGCUUUGACUCAAAUGUUGGUAGAAGGCUGCUUUGACGAGUAUCAACGAGACUGUAAAGACUCUUGCCCCUACCAAUGGCAAAUUAUGUAAAUCAUUAUCAGGCGUCAAUACACCCGACUCAUAUAUAUACCUAGGUAUCGACAAAGUCGACCCUCGACGACUUUUUCCGGGGAGUCUUCAGCCCAUCGACCCGUAAAAUACGCAGCCGCAAUGAAGUCAAAAAUUUGGGUGAUGUUGACCGUUGUCGGCCUGGCUGCCGUCUCCGGGGCCCAGACGAUGCCGACGUGUGCAACCAAUUGCCUUGCUACCCAACUCAAGACCUCAUCUUGCGAUCCGACGGACUCAGAAUGCAUUUGCGCGGAUUCGACGUUGAUGAACGGUGUCGCGGAUUGUGUACUAGCAAGCUGCACCGUUAUUGAAGGUCUCGCUGCUCAAAAUGCCACUCAGACUCUUUGCAAACAACCUGUCAGAGACAGGAGACUCGUUGCGCCUAUUGCGACCGCGGUAACUGCCGCCAUUGCCCUGGCUUUUGUCUCCAUAAGGUCGUUCAAUUGUCACAUUCAAGGAGAAUACCAAUGGGCCGAUCUAUGCGCAGUUCUCGCGAUGGUCUUUUCUAUUCCUAUGGACGUAUUCGAAUUCUUCAUGAUGGGCGCCGGGAUGGGAAGAGAUAUAUGGACUUUGACUCCAGAACAAAUCACAAACGUCGUCAAGUACACAUGGGUCACGCAAGUCGCCUACAUACCAGCCAUCAUCCUAACGAAAAUUGCCAUCGUCUUGUUCUUCAAGCGAGUGUUCCCCAACAACACCUUUCAAAUUUUAUGCUUGGGUACCAUAGUCCACUGCUUUUUGUUUAUGAUCUCGACAACAAUCACCGAAAUCCUGUCCUGUAUUCCUGUGGAAUACGCUUGGUCAAGCUGGUCCGGGACGGGCGAAGGAGUAUGCUACGACAACACCGCAUUCUGGUGGGCUCAUUCGGCCAUAAACAUUGCUACUGAUCUUUGGAUUUUGGGAUUACCUAUUCCAUUAAUUUUCAGAUUACAGCUAGGGCUAAAAAAGAGAAUUUAUUUGAUUCUCAUGUUCAGUGUCGGUAUUAUUAUCACAGUAGUUAGCAUUGUUCGAUUUUCAGGUCUAGUUACGUAUUCUACGUCAACGAACCCAACAUAUAACAAUGUCAUGGUAGCGACAUACAGUGUGAUCGAAUGCAAUUUAUCAAUUGUGUGCUGUUGUAUGCCCGCCACGCUGGCUUUCCUCCGCCGAUACUUCCCCAGAAUCUUCGGCGGUAGUUCCAACCGCUCCUCCAACCACCAAUCUUCCGACAACAUAGGAUGCUACACUAUUGGUGGAAGUUACAAUGUUGGUGGAAAUUAUCAUAUCGGCAGGGCCACUAAGGGUUCGUUCCCGCCCAGGGGGAUUCAAAAGACCGUUACACACAAAAUCUCCUAUAUGCCUAAGGCUGGCGAUUCUGACGCUGUUGAGUUGAUAGACAUCGAGGAACAAAAAGAAAGAGAACAUUAAGAUGUGGAUGCGGACACCUAGGUACGAGGGGGAUGAUUCGUCAGAAAAGAAUCAUUUUGGCCUAUGAGGAUGACAGGACCACUUUGCUUGGGGAAUGGAUAUCCUCGCCGUCAACGUACACCAACAUCAAUGUUCAAUUCAGAUGAUCUUUAUAACGAUCUGUAUCAUAUAAAACCAUUAUAUCUUACCUUCUUGAAGAAGAUACGAGCAUAUGUCCACGUUCGCUAAUCACAACAUAUCGCAUCGCUAAUU